GGGUUCGCGUGCUUCUGACAGUUUUGACACUUCAGACACGUCAUCCUGUCUUGGCUUGACUGCGUAGUUUUGCAUCUUGUAGUAAUAUUUUCAUCUACGUUAACUAUAAUAUAAUCACCGGUGAAGAAGACGGGGCUAAAUAAGAGAGAAAGAAGCUCGGAAAGAAGAUUUUUCCUUUGGGACGCAGUGGAUGUGCGUGCUCCAGGUGGCUCCAAUGUUUCCACGUGUUUCUUAAAUCUUCGAGAAACACGUGCUCGGGUAAUACACGUGUUCGUGUGAAUUUGGUCGUGCGAUAAAAAAAAAAACAAUCAGCGAUUCGUUAAACAUGAGUCAUGCGAAGUUCGAUGUUUUCGUGGGUACAAAGUCUGGCCUCAUCAAAGGAUUGAAAAUCGGACGAGUAAAGAAGGAGAACAAAAUAAAAAAUUUGCAGAAAGUAUCCCUUAUUACAGAAAAUGAUAAAGUGACUAGGAUUGCAUGGGAUGACAACAAUGAACAAGAGAUUUUGGUUGCAUGCAGUGCUUACAAAGAUAACAAAGUAAAGAUCUUUGAUGCAGAGAGUGCAGUACUCAAAGAUUGGUUUUCUUGUAACAUAGGCAUAGGUAAUAUCAGUGGAGUAUCACGAUGUGGCAGGUCUAUUUUGACAUCGGUCAAAAGCGGGGAAAUAUGCUUGUGGACUGACGGAAAAGGAGAGUUAUUGAUAAAAACCGAUGAUAACUUGAACAGAAUGUGCCACUCGCGUGAGCACACCAAUUUGAUAGCAACCGGAGGAGAGGAAAAUAAGUUGAGAAUGUACGAUCUAGAGAUGCAAAAACAGAUAUUCUCUGCAAAGGAUCUCCCGCACGACUGGCUGCGCUUACGCAGAUGUAUUCCAAUAUCAGACAUAAGUUUCUUACCAGGAAACCAACUAGUCACAGUCGGUAAAUAUGGGAAUAUACAUCUGUAUGAUCCCUGUCGCCAAAGACGUCCUGUAAUCGAUAUGACGGUAAAAGAUGAAGCUUGGACCUGCUUGGAUGUCACGCCGAAAGAAAAACAUAUCAUAGUGGGCUCAACUAAAGGUAAGCUGAAUCUCAUCGAUCUAAGACAACCGGGCACUGUGCUAAACACGUACAAAGGAUUUAUCGGUGGUGUAACCGGAGUGGCUUGUAGUAAAAUCAAUCCGUACGUCGCCAGUGUCAGCCUCGACAGACAUCUGCGGAUACACCAUAUUCAUACAAAAGAAUGUCUCAAAUGCAUUUAUUUAACAUCGAAAUUAUCGUGUUUAGUAAUGAGAUCGGAUAUCUGUAUAGAAAUAGGAUACGAGGAUGGCACAGAAAAUUAACCCUCAACUACAGCAAUAGGUCAUUUGAAUCCGAAACAAGCAAUUUUGACUGUUUGUACGAUCUGUACAAACGAUUGGUACUAUUGGUACGAUUGGUACUGUAUGAAGUUCUAAAUUGUAAAAAAGCUUUGAACCUUCCUUUGUCAAUCGCUGUAAAGAGCGAAGAUUCACUUGUUUACUUUAAAUAGGACGCUUUAGAACUUAUAAAAAAACCUAUAGAAGUGUCUUCCUCUGAUGAGCUUGAAUAUGUUGUAUUCUAGAAAAAAAUAAGGAACCUGUAUUUUUUUUUAUAAAAGUCCAAUCGGAUUUUUACGAGAUGCACCCUUUGAACAAAAUUGGUUAUUAUUUUUUUAAGCAAAUAUCGUUGAAAGAGAU